AUGUGGUCCACUGAGAGCAUGGAGCCAGAGAAAGCACACACCCAGAGCAGCUUCUUCAGUAAGGUGGAUGUGCCUGACCAUGCUCACUACAUUGUCGCCUUUUUCGUCUUUGUCAUCGGGGCACUGGGCAUCACUGGCAAUGCACUGGUUUUGUUUGCCUUCUAUAGUAACAAGAAGCUUCGUAACCUGCCAAACUACUUCAUCAUGAACCUGGCAGUCAGUGACUUCCUCAUGGCUUUCACACAGUCCCCCAUCUUUUUCAUCAACUGUCUAUACAAGGAAUGGGUGUUUGGAGAGAUGGGCUGUAAGAUGUAUGCAUUCUGCGGCGCCCUGUUUGGCAUCACCUCCAUGAUAAACCUCCUGGCUAUCUCUAUCGACCGCUACCUGGUUAUCACCAAGCCUCUGCAGGCCAUACACUGGAACUCCAAACGUAGGACCACUCUGGCCAUCCUCAUAGUCUGGCUUUACUCUUUGGCUUGGAGUCUGGCUCCACUAAUUGGCUGGAGCUCUUAUAUCCCGGAGGGCCUGAUGACAUCUUGUACAUGGGAUUAUGUCACAUACACACUGGCCAAUAGGAGCUACACGAUGAUGCUGUGCUGUUUUGUUUUCUUCAUUCCACUAGGAAUCAUCUUUUACUGCUAUCUCUUCAUGUUUCUGGCUAUACGGAAGACAAGCAGGGAAGUGGAACGUCUGGGGACUCAGGUGAGGAAAUCCACCCUGAUCCAACAGAAGUCCAUCAGGAGCGAGUGGAAAUUGGCUAAAAUUGCCUUUGUCGUCAUUGUGGUUUAUGUCCUCUCCUGGUCACCAUAUGCCUGUGUCACAAUGAUUUCCUGGGCCGGGCACGCCGACAUCCUGACGCCAUACUCCAAGGCUGUCCCUGCAGUAAUAGCAAAAGCCUCCGCCAUUUACAAUCCUUUUAUCUAUGCUAUUAUACACAACAAAUACAGGAAGACUCUGGCAGAGAAGGUUCCCUGCCUGAGGUUUCUGACUCCCACUUCUCGGAAAGAAUGCAUCUCCUCCUCCUCCAUCAGUGAGUCCUCUUACAGGGACUCCAUCAUUAGCAGACAGUCCACAGCAUCAAGGACUCACUUUAUUACAACUUCCACUGACACGGUAUUAAGGGAUGUGGAGAUGGAGCCUUUGGGAAGGAAGUCAGGUGAUUCCUUCAGAGGCAUGUCGUUGUACAGUCAGUCUUGCAGACAUAAGUCUUACAAGAAACAGUUAGUGCGGAAGACCACCAAGACCUACGCAGCAGGGAAGCAUUCAUCUACCAUGAAUGAUUCAUCGAGCAACUGUGAGCAUGAACUGGUUUCCAGUUCUCUCACCAUCGCCAGUCUCCCCCUGCUAGUUCUUACCAGGAGACGCAGCCAGAGUCUGACAAAUGAGAGUUCAGAUGCAGGGGAGGAGAAAGGCAGCAUCUGUGACCGGCUGGGCAGCCACAGGAGCGACUCUUUUGAUUCACUGAAUUUUGGAAAAAUCACAUCCAGUGAUCCCAGGCCACCUCAGGGUGUUCCACGCAUAAUUGUCAUCAGUCCCACGUCUGAAAGUAGCCUCAUCAACCACGACAGUGUAUGCUUACAGGAUAGCAUUGAGUCGAUUGAGAACAAUGUUUUUGUCAGCCUAAACUUCUCAACAGAAGUCUUCGAGGCAGUGGAGCGACUCUCUUGA